AAAUAAAAAAUAAAAAUAAAAUUGAAAAAACGUGUAUAAAGAAUAGUAGAGGGCAAGCGCCCCCUCACACAGCGAGCUCUAGCCAUGUCGGCAUUAAGAUGGAUUUCUUCGCGUUUAUCGCUCAAUACUCUUCGAAACCCUAACCCUAACCCUAAACUUCCUCUUCCAUAUCAACUCGUCUCCUCCCGCGGUAUCGUUUCCAAGCUCUUCGUUGGAGUUUCUAUGCCAGGACUCUCAUUCUACACAACGGAAGAGAGCUUAUCUGAAGCUUUCUCACAAUAUGGCCAAGUCAUUGAAGCCAAAAUAAUUAUGGACCGAGUUUCUGACAGAUCAAAGGGUUUUGGAUUCAUCACAUUUGCUUCACAGGAGGAAGCAGACAGAGCAGUCUCUGAAAUGAAUGGCAAGAUAUUGAAUGGGAGGACCGUGUAUGUGGACUACGCAAAAGCCAAAGUACCCCACGAUGCUCUUCCUAUUGCAAGGCCUCCUCCACAACCAUUAAGCGACAAAUGAUUCUGUUGGCCUUGAUUUAGUCAAGGCCUAUUUUUGUCCGAGAAAUUUCUUACUAUUUGAGAAAGUUUACAGUAGUACUUUGUAACCAGAGUCUCUUUGCUUAUUUAGAAUCUUGUCUAUCUGUGAAUAAAUAAUCGAACGAACUUUUAUCUCCUCAACUGUGAUAUUGUACAAUUUGGUUCAUCUACCCUUUGGUGAAAACAACUAGAAUGAAAUUUGUUGA